AUGUUUGAACGGUGCUUGCAGUCUUACAAUAAAACAAGGCAAGCGAUGCUUCUCCAAGUAUGCAAGCUCAAACGUGCCAAUGCCGCGACCGUUUCUGGAGCCACCUCUGUCACAGAAGUGAGAUCAGCCAAGAAACUCCCAAGGAUUUCUCUUCCUCAAUUCUCUGGCGAUUAUUCAUCGUGGCAAUCAUUCAAGGAUCUUUUCUCGUCGACGAUUAAGGACGAUAAUGAUAUUCCAGCCGUGGAGAAGAUGCACUAUCUCCGGUCCAGUCUCACAGGGGAGGCUGGCAAGUUGAUCUCCAAUAUCCCUAUCGCGGCUGAUUCCUUCAAGUCGGUCUGGGAUACUCUGGUUGCAAGGUAUGAGAACAAAAGGUUACUAAUCACAUCUUAUAUGGAUCAGCUCUUCGCAACCCAGGUUCUCCGGUCAAGGUCGGCUCAAGGAUUAAAUUCUCUUUUGACAUCCACAACGGAAGCUCUCAACGCUCUUUCGGCUCUGGGGAUUCCAAUUGACAAAUGGGAUCAAGUGCUGGUUCAUCAUAUCACUAAAAGGCUCGAUUCUCACACCAGAGAAUGA